AUACCACUAGACCAAAUGCCCAAUUCGUUUUUCCAUUUAAAAAUAAUACUUGAGAUAUCUAAUAGCAAAUCUAACGAAGAAAACCCCAAAACCCUAGUGAAAAACAGAGAGAUCUCCAGUUGUGGGGUUUUGCAUCAGAAAUUUGUCAAUGGCAAGAAGAACCCUUUUUCACUUAGUUCGAUCUCAAGCAAAUCUACUAAAAUCCACCAAUUUUCAUUCAGGUACUCUGGUAGUGUAAGUAAUGUUCUCAAAGUUUCUUGUCCUCUGACUUUGGGUGGUCAUCUGGCUAGUUAUGGAACUAGGUCACUUGUCAGUAGUACCAAACCUGACCCUAGUUGUGUGACACAUCUAGCUGCUAUCCGUAAAAGGUGGCUAUCACAGUCUGCAACAGCACAAGACGACAACAAGAUCAGCAUAGGGCCUCGCAAAGGAGGAGAAGGAGGAAAUGAUGAAAAGGAUGGCGGAGUUGUCUACUAUGGUCCUAUCUCAAACACGAUAAAGAAUGUGAAGCUUCUGUCCCUUUCAACAUGUUGCCUUUCUGUGUCUUUAGGCCCUGUCAUAACCUUCAUGACAUCUACUGAUUCAAAUGUGAUACUAAAGGGAGCAGUUGCAUCUACCGUUAUAUUCUUCAGUGCUUCUACUACCGCUGCGCUUCACUGGUUUGUGAGUCCUUAUAUUCACAAACUGAGAUGGAAGCCAGGUUCAGAUUCUUUUGAAGUGGAGAUGAUGUCUUGGCUUGCAACUUUUAUGCCGAAGACGAUUAAGUUUGCAGAUAUCAAGCAUCCUGACACCAAUAGACCUUAUGUAACAUUCAAGGCUAACGGAAACUUCUAUUUUGUUGAUGCCGAGCAUUGUCCCAACAAGGCGCUAUUGGCAAAACUUACCCCACAGAAACCUACUCAUGAGUCAGCUUUCAAGAACUUGUGAUGACAACUUUUUAUCUGGAAUAAUUUGAGAUUUUAAGGUUUUGUAUUGCAUUGCUCACUAGAAGUUCCAAUACUUGAGUCUUGGAUAUAUAUAAGCCUCAGUUGGUUGUCAAUUUUUCAAUUAUUAUAACAUUGAUUGUCAUCUCUUUUUUUUUUAAAAAAAAGAAAAUAAUAGUAAUGUCUAGACCAGCUUGGCAGGUCAUUUCUUCCA